AUGGGAAUGUACGAGAAAUUCUUAGGAUUUGGAGUGGUGCCUUUCUUACUUAUAUUGUUAGUACUACUAGCAACUGGCAUUGCAAGAAAGUAAAUUCAUGCAGUUAUUAGCCUUUUAAUGAAGUUCAACUUUACAAUUAAUGGACGCACUAUCUACCUAUUCCCAAUGAUUGCUAUUAUCAACCUAGUUACAAUCGUGUCACUUUACUAUGAGCUCAUGGAAAUGCAUGAACCUCAUGACAUCGCAGCUAAAACUUAAUACUAUGAGAGACUUUAUAGAACCUACAGAAAUUUCUUAGUCAAUGCUACUUCUGCUACACUUAUUUGCUAGAUAUUUUUAACAGGCAAAAGAUAUAAUGAUUACGCAGUAGCUAGAGAUAAACUAUAAGAGGUUAAGAAACUACAAAAAAAUCAAUGA